AUGACCGUCAACAAAGCGAAUUCGUACUCGUCUGUGACGGAGACGAGUCGCAUCUUGAAACUGCUCUGCGAUCAAGUCAAUGCUGUGUCACUUCCCCCAGCCGUUCGCCAUCUUGUGCCCCAGGUGAAAUUCACCGCUGCCCGUGAUUUCCCCUACUUUCCCAUCCCACUCAAGGAGACGGAAACCGGAGCUGCGCUCAAGGCAAUCGAGGGCGGCGUUGCGUGCCUCCUGGCUGACCUCAAGGAUGGAGAGGCCAAGAAGCGACAGAUCGUGGUAGAUCUGGAAAAGACGACUGCGUUCUUGUGCCAAGCGUAUAUGGCGACGGUGGGAGGCCAGGGGAAGCUUGACCCUGGUGUCAAGAAGCUUCUGAAGGAUACCGAUUUGCUUCACGCGCAGUCAAUCUCAUAUCGCCGCAUGUCCGCUAACCUCUACGAGACCAAGGUGCCGGGAGAAUACUACCACAUCCACGGCUCUCUUGAGGCUUCGACGACGCUGGGAAUGAUUGGAUUGGAGCCCUUCAGGCCAGAUUUGGAAAGCCACGAGGAUAUUGUUCGCGUGAUUGAAGGCGCUGUCACAAAAUACUCGACUGCGGAGUUGGAGGAGCUCAAUGCCAAAAACCGACAGGCGGGGGUUCCUGCUCUCAAGCACGAGGACUUCCUGAAGACCCUUCACGGUAAGACGAAUAUCGAGCUGCAGCCUUGGACGGUCGAAAACCUGGAGACCGAAACACCAAAGGUCCCUCUAUCUCCGAGCUCACCAGGUCAAAAAUGCCGACCAUUAGAGGGUAUCAAAGUUCUUGAACUCUGCCGAAUUAUUGCCGGACCUGUCAUCACCCGCAUUCUGGGCGAAUACGGCGCCGAUGUGCUUAAGAUAACCAGUCCCAACCUGAGUGAUGUUCCCUUUUUCCAGGUCGAUGGAAACAUGGGAAAGCAUGCUGCGGAGCUGGAUCUCAAGACGCCUGAAGGACGGGAAAAGUUUGCGGUUCUUCUUGCCGAGGCGGAUGUGGUUGUGGAUGGAUAUCGCCCCGGUGCUCUGGAGCGUCUCGGUUACGGCGCCGCGUCGUUGACCAAGUUGGCCAAGGAGAGAGGAAAGGGAUUUGUAUAUGUCAACGAAAACUGCUUCGGUUACGAGGGCGAGUGGGCGAAUCGGCCCGGAUGGCAGCAGAUUGCAGACUGCGUGAGCGGUGUUGCAUGGGAGCAGGGCAAAUUCAUGGGCUUGAACGAGCCUGUCGUACCACCCUUCCCAAUUUCCGACUACGGCACGGGAUGCAUCGGUGCCAUUGCGGCGCUGACCGGCCUCUAUCACCGAGCCACGCAAGGAGGCUCAUGGCAUGGAAAGGCAUCCCUGCUGCAAUACGACCUGUUGCUUUUCAAGGCCGGAAAGUACUCGGACGAGGUACAGGAGCAGUUGCGAAAGAAUAUCGGCGACGACUUCUUGGCAUUGAGACACGCACACAGCGUAGACCAGAUAUCCGGCACAGCGCUGCGCCGAAUGAGGGAGACGUGCCCCGAGAUUUUCAAGAAUGGUCGUCUGUUGGAUACGUGGUACUCGGCUGCGUAUAAGGCGGACGUCGAAGCAGUUCUGCCGGUUGUGGAAGUCGACGGAUUGGAUAUUGGCUUUAGACGGGCGAGCAGGCCCAAUGGGUCGGACAAGGCUCAAUGGGAUUUCAGUGGCGACGAGGACUAUAGAAAAUCUGCAUAA